AUGGCUAAUCCUUCUGCUUUCUGUGGCGAAUAUUUCAAAUAUUUUAUCGUCUCUUUGCCUUCUGUUGUUGAUCUUUCUGGAUUACCACCACUCAUUGUGAGCUUCUGCUUAAACAUUGUUCUCCAAAGUUCUAUCAUUUAUGCUUACACUACAUUAAUGCAGCAAGCUCGAAUCAUUAUUUUUUCCAGCCUAGAUACUAAUCACUUACAGGAUAGUGAUAAGGAAGACGAAAAUUCUCCAAUACUAGCGCCGAUCAGCUUUGAGGAAAUUGAUAAAAAAAAUCAAGCCAAUAAAGUUCUUGUUACUUCUAGUGCAAUUGGUGGUAUUUUUUUACCAAUUUUCGGUCAAAUCAUUUUUAAUCUCUUCGUUAUUCUGCUCUUUAUGCCACCUAUGAUUUCGGCUGCAUUAGGAGGUUCUCAAAGCUUUGCAGCUUUGAUUGGAGUCAACUACAACUACAUUAUCGGUCCAUAUGUAUGGAUUUUUGCUAUUCUAUCUAUGAUUGCCCAUCGUGUACUACAUUACUCUAUACCAAUUAUGGCAGGAUUGAAAUAUGUCUUAUUGUUAACAAUUUAUCAAUUUAUUGAUUCAUGUUUUAAAUUUUAUUUAAAUGCAGGGGGUUUCGAAAUUAUGGCUCCUACUAUGUUUGCAAGUAUUAAUCUAAAAAAACGAGAGAUUAUUUUGUUCCUGGUCGCUAUAAUAAGUGCUAUAAUUACCAUUGCAUUUAUUCAAGCUCUGUGGACAGCCGCAGUUUUAAGAAUAGUACCGCAGACAUGCCAAGAUAUCCCAUAUUCAUGGCAUGAUCAAUUUGGAAUUGUAAAUGACACCGAUAGUCCUAUCAGGGCGAAAAGGCAUGGAGUUCUAUCCAUAAUACCCAUGAUGAAAAUCAUUAAAAGCCGUUAUCCGGAAUAUAACUGGAUUGCAUCUUUCUCCGCUGGAACUUUAUUCUACAUGAUGUCAAUCAAUUUUAUUUGCAACGCAUUGGUAUUAGCGAAUAACAUAACAGGUGUAAUUACCUUUAUGCAAAAAUUGUUUAAUCGUAAGAGACUUGAAGAUGCUUCUCGUAAAGUUGAUAUCGUUAGUACAGACCUCUACACUAUGAUAGGGUAUUUCUUGGUAAUCGCAAUCAUAUUCUUAAUAGCUUUUUUCAAUUCUAAGGCAUUUAUUGUAGUGUUAGCCUAUGGAGCUACGUCAGGAAAUAACAUCAUUGGUGGGAUUGUCCUUCCAAUAAUGUUUGUUCGUUCGCAUUUCAGCCAAGCAAGGCAUUUGGAAAUUCCUCUACCGUUACAUCCUAUCGGAUACAUCCUGUUUGCCAUAGCUGCUAUUUAUCUAAACGUGCAGCUGGUUUAUGCUAUCAUUAAAUUGGCGAGUUAA